AUGCGGUUCAGGCACCGUGCGGGCGCUUCUGCGUCGCCGGAGGUUUCUCUCCAGCGGCCGCCUUGUCCCCCCCGGCUGAACCUUGACGGCCGGCCGGGACGGGAGCUGAGGGCAGGCGGGCAAGUGCACCCUGCCACAUGCCACAGGGCCCAACUCAGGGCGCUUCCCUCGCACGCAGCGCUUCAGCUCCCUAUCGAUCGUGGCCGGGCGCUGGAACCUUCUCUGCAGCGGCGGAUACUGUCCACCAAAAGCCGUCAUCCAGCAUGGAUCCAUGAUCCAUCCCGCGUCGACAUUGACCCAUGCGGCCUGCAUGGAUCCAGCUGCUUGCCCCCCCAUCCUGUCGAUGGAUCCUCUACGUUGCGACUUGCGAGCCUGUCCGCUGCUGCUCAAUGA